AUGGGAUGUCCUGUGUCCGACACCGACCCAGACUCGGUUACAAUCCUCACUAAAAGAGGACCAGUGAAUAAGACCUUGAAGUCCAAUUCGGUAAGUACAGUGUACGUUGCACUUUCUCUGCAGUUUUUCACAUAUUUGGUUGUUGAUGAUGAAAUCAAGAAAACGGGUAAACCGAUUUUGGGCGAUUUCACAUGCUUCACGCAAACAAUAUUGAUAUCAACACAUGAUGUCUUAAAGUUAACGUGA